GUAACUGCCUCCUACUGCCGCUGAAAGGUUAUCUGGUCAUUCACUCCUAUCCACACAUCUUUUUCACAGCACCAAAGCAGCCACGCCACUUCACUCAACUCUACCUCUUUCCUUAAUUUCCUUUUAUUUCAUUUCCAAUUUCCAACCGCUCUCUUCCCCUGCCACUUGUUCUGAUAUAAAGUUCAAACCAUGUCAUCAGCUGUGGUUGCAGGUGCCUCUUCUUCUUGUUCUGCCGCCUUCACCAGCAGGAACCACUCCUUCAAAGCUACCCCGACCCCAUCUCCCAAGGCAUUCGCGCCUUUUACUUCCCAGAAAACCACACUCCUAGGCCUGACUCUUCAAGAGGCCAAAAGCGGUGUCUCAGAUUUCUUCCUAGCUGAGAGAAAGGGCAGCUUCAGUUCCAGUCAUGCAAGAAGAGGGAUUGAGAUCACUGCAAAAGCUGCUGGUGCUUCAAAAACUGUAGAGGUUGAGGUUGACAAGCCCUUAGGCUUGACAUUAGGUCAGAAGCAAGGAGGUGGUGUAGUUAUUACUGCUGUUGACGGGGGUGGGAAUGCAGCAAAAGCAGGGCUUAAGGCAGGGGAUCAGGUACUUUACACUAGCAGUUUCUUUGGGGAUGAGCUUUGGCCUGCGGAUAAGCUUGGAUUUACUAAAACUGCCAUACAGGCAAAGCCAGAUUCUGUCUAUUUUGUAGUUAGCAGAGGUGCAGAAGUAGAUGUUAAACGACUAACAAAGCGACCAGCACCUCCUCGGUUUGGGAGGAAAUUGACUGAAGCUCAAAAGGCAAGAGCUACUCAUAUUUGCCUUGAUUGUGGAUACAUAUACACUGCACAGAAACCUUUUGAUGAGCAGCCUGAUACGUAUGCAUGCCCUCAAUGUCGAGCACCAAAGAAGAGAUUCGCACCAUAUGAUGUUAAUACUGGCAAAGCUAUUGGCGGAGGGUUACCUCCAAUUGGGGUCGUUAUUGGUCUUGUGGCUGGUGUUGGAGCUGUUGGAGCUUUACUUGUUUAUGGCCUUCAAUGAAAACUUCAUUUAUUACCUUAAAACUCUGUUUAUUCUAUAUUCUCUUAUAGAAAUGGCGGUACAAGUAUGAUUUUCUAACUCAUAUCUGGUUUCACUAUCCAACACAAGGAUUAAUGAGUUGAUAAGUGAAUUUUUUAGUGUAUUUUCCUAUUGCAGCCUACAUAUUUUAAGUUAGGUUUAUAUUUGAUACUAAAUCAAUAAAUUAAAUGAU